AUGUGCACAACAAUAAUAAAUAGUCUGUCAAGAGCAAUUUCGCCACAGUUUCAGUUUCGGUUCUUGUCCUUACAAGAUUCUUUGGUGUUCUUGGAUUUCAGCAUCCAAGUUUGAAGUGCCUUCUCGUUAUUAAAUAUUUACCCAAUAAAAACAAAGUGAAAUCCAGAGCAUUUUCAGUGCGGGUAGCAGAAAAUGAACGUAGAGUAAAAGAGGUGGUCAAUAGUUUCAUAAUGUCGUGUUUCGAAACGCCAGUGUCCAGCAACCCAAAAAGUAGCAAUCAUUUGAACUAUGGCGUGCCCUUGAAACCCGUACACGAUGAGGAAGACUGUCGGGAUAAAUUCCAUAAGGUCCUGGCUGCGCUGUUGAACCGAAAUUUUAAGAUCAACAAUGAUGUCUACUUGGAGAUGAUGCUUUCUCACCUCGCGGGGAAAUAUGAUUGUGAACAUCGGAAACUUCUGCGAUCUCCCGAAGUGUCCCGUUGGCUGAAUGAAGCAUUGAGCCAGUGGGAGGGUGAGGCGGUACCGUCGGCGGACAUUGCUGCAUUCACGCUGCGAAUCUUGGCAAUGACCAUAGACAAUGAGUGUUUCUUUGUAGAAAUGCAAAGUAGAAGUAUGCUGGACCGAUUGCAGGAAUGUAUUCGGCGAGAUGCCAGGCUGCAACAUCCUUCGGUUAGGCUGGGCCACGUGAUGGUGCUGAAGGCAGUCUCGCUUCACGCAUCUGGUUUGGACUGGAUCAAGCGAUCCGGGUCGUGGAAGAUCUGUUUGGAUUACUACAAUGGUCAAUCACAGACUGUGUACAUAAUGAAAGAAACUUCGCUAUUUUUGUAUGAGGUUUUAGAGCGGUUUGGGUCGAUUGGAGAUUACGAUUUAGUUUUGACAAUUGUUCGAAGUAUACUUUCUCCCCUGCUGGACGGAGUUUGGAAAAGUCCAGUGCAAGAGAACGCGGUUUUGGUAAAUGACGAAAACGCUCAGCGCAUUUUAUCAUCUAUGCUGAGCUUGUUGUGUACUUUGUUUCGGAAGAUGCUUGAUAGUGCUAAGCAAACACGAGCAGCUUACUUCAUGUUGAUUACGUUUCACUUUGAGCGAAAUCUAUGGGUGUACGCGGACUCAAUUCAGGACCAUACGUUUCUAGCUACAAUCUAUGAGGUACUCAUAUUGGCCAAUUGUACACGCCUUCGUUGCAUGGACAUUCCUCCAGAGGAUACUGUGGCAAUCCAUUUACCUUUCGAAAAGUACACAAUAAACUUUUUGAACUUUUUAAACUUUUCAAUCCGUCGUGGAAAUAUUGAAAAUUUACUUUUAAUGGCUCAAAUGCAUCACCAAGCAUGGCGCCUUUUAGGUGACCGUGCCCCAGAAGAAGUAGUUCUCAAACAUCAGAGCAUAAAAUUUGGUGAUCAAAUCCUGCUGAUUCAACUCUUUCCGGCGGUUUACGAAAUAAAAAGUGUUGUUAGUAGUGAUCCUCCGGAUUACAUCGAAAAGUUCAUCAGUACGCUAUACGACAUUUCCUGUGAGUACACAGUCCGUUUGUUAUACGCCUGCCGGGAUGUCGUUGAAGCGAACCAUGCCAACAAUGCAACUCAAUUGGCUAUUAAAUCGAUCCAGGGCAUAGCUUCUAUUCAAAGCCUCCCAAGACAACGAGCCAUCAUUGCUUUCCAGGCGUUUGUUUAUGUACUGAAGGAGUUUCUGCCGGACAUGUGCUACCUCGAAAAUCAGAGUAACGUUUGCAACACGGAUCAAGUUCUUGCCAAGCCGAACUUGUUGGCGGCAAUCAUCACCGGGCUGCACACGUUAAUUCAGAACUACAAGUUCACAUGGAAUGAGUGUAUCGAAUCGACGACGGUAGUUAACUUUAUGCUCAACCUGUUAGGCAAUCCAAACUUGCCACCGAGGCACGUUGUUCUUGCCCUAAAACUGACCCAGCUUUCGAUCGAGUACUUUCUGGCACCAAAUUUGGCUCUGCUAAUGGAUAAUCUCAACGGGUCAGGACUGGAGUUUGUCGGUCGAGUCAUCUAUAAACGGUUGCACGAUGGAAACUGGGAAGUGCGCGACUCUGCGCUGGAGCUUUUGGCCUCAAUAGUGGAAAUUUCGGAAAUCAAAUUCCCAUCUUUUCAGAAAUUGAUUCUGGAUUGCGAUAUAAUUCCGGUGGUUGAGGCGGCCGCCAAAAACGAUACAGAACCGUACGUGCGGGCAUCGGCGCUGCGCUGUCUUUCGUUGAUGGUGCGAAUUCGUUUGCUGUGGGAGCACUCACUGUCGAAGUUGAACUUGAUGAAUCACCUCAUCAUAACUUUCGACACCGAAAGCGAGGGUAUCGUGCGCCGCGAAGCGGUCAACACCGUACGGGAGAUCUACUCCAACCACAAGAUUCUCCCCCAUUGUCUGGACAGUGUGUUCUCGGUGUUGGCCUUUUCGACCGUCAACGACCUAUACUGGGAGGUUCAAAUCAAUGCACUCCAGUUCUGGCGGGUGGUCAUGUGUCGCCAGUUCCAGCAUCAAGGCAUGAUCGAUGGUACCUUUCCGUCGGUGACCUUCUCAAAGGAGCAUAAAAAGAUCAUCACGCUAACCAACAAAGAGAUACUGCUACGUUUGAGGAAGGUGCUGAAUGAGCUAUCGUUGAGAGGGUGCUUAGGAGUGCUGUUGGCAUGUUUGCAGGAGGAUUGUGAUUUGGAAGUAGUGAAGAACGCGGUGGAGAUCAUUCAACGAUUGAUGGGCUACCUGAACAAGUACAACUUUUUGGACGAGUAUAGAAAAGUGGUUGAUCCGGCAACGGGAGAAAACAGCAUUCGUCCACUGGUAUCGGUGCUGGAUACCAACUAUUCCGUACACGUCAAAACGAAUGCUUUGCUAAACAACACCCAGCGGAACGAUGCCGAUUACAGCAGUGGGAAUGUGCCCUGUUUGAUCAAUUCCGAGGAAAUUAUCGACUCGAUCGUCAAUUUGGACGAUGUCAAUUUACUCUCAAUCAGCUACAAAAACAACCUGAAGGUGGCCGGCGAAACAUCGCAGGCAAACUCCUGCAGCUGUGAGUCGAGUAAGGUGCACUAUGAUUUAUUCAAAAAAUAUGCUCAAGUGACGGCUGACGAUUUCCUAGACAGAGUACAGCAGAUUGAUUUCCACGCUUUGAUUAGCAGUCGGCAGCAGUGGAUGCAAGCGACCGAAAGUUUUUCCUCACUGCUGGACGAUGUACUUUUUUCGUAUUACGCGAUCAACGUUAACGAUGCCGAUUGCUACUAGCUUGUUGUAGUAACCUCGAACUGACUGGCAGGUGACUUGAGUGGACGCUAUGUGAUAGUUACGUUUUUUCACAAUUUAGUUCAUGUCGAAUUCUGCUGCUCCAUUGUUUGAAAGUUUUGAAACAGAUAUUUCAAUAAAUUUUAGAAAGCGAA